AUGUUCAUGUGAGAUGCUUUUAUUAUAUAAGCAUUGUCCAUGUGGUAUAUGUUUAUUUUAGAGUAAAUACAAUUUAAUAUCGAAACCUUUUAUUUUAAACAAUAUAAUAGCCAAACCUUUUCAAAAACAAUCUAAUAUCCAAAUCGUCAACUUUCUGUUUGUUUGACCGUUAGUUGACACUUCAAAAAAGUUCGAAGUAUGACACUUCAUCAAUAUCCAUCGAUAUCUUCUCUGAAAAACCACCAACAUAUCGUAGUUCCAAACCCGAGAAGUCCAUGACUCCACCAUGAUGGUAUAGAAUAUCUAGAUAUUCAGUCAUCUGCAAUGCCAAAACAAGAAACAAAGUUGUAUUGUGACAAUUUCCCCUCAACAAAGCUUUUUUGAAGUGUCAACUAACGCUCAAACGAACGGAAAGUUAACAAUUUGGAUAUUAGAUUGUUUUCGAAAAGGUUUGGCUAUUAUAUUGUUUAAAAUGAAAGGUUUGGAUAUUAAAUUGUAUUUACCCUUUAUUUUAUAACAAAACCAAGUCCAUAGAUAUAGUCAGAAAAAUUAAUCGAUUCGUUAAAAGAGGAGAAUAAUCGAUAAAGGUUAGUCUGAUACCCAAACUCCAUUUCUCCACGAACUCACGAACAACACAGCAUGCAACUAGCUACCAACAAUACAAGACUAUAAUCGAUUAAUCGAGAUUGGAGAAUAAUCGAUUCAUUAAAAGCGGGCGCCUCAACUUAUCGAGCCACUUUUGUGUUUUGUUGUUGUUGUCAUCGGAGGAGCCGUGACAUGCAACGAUGUUAGUCGAGUAACAUAUCACUCCGCCUCUUCGUUAUCUUCAAAUCUCUUUCCAAACCCAUCUCUUUUGAAUUUACACUAACUAACCUAUUGUAUUCGAGAUUUAUAAUUUAGUUAACACUUUAUUAACUUUCUUUAAUGUAUGUUGUUUUUGUGUGAGAAGAAACACAACAUCACUUUUUAAUUACCAUAUUACUAUUUUUAAUGUAAAAAUUUUUGUGAAUAUCCACAACCAACUCGCACCCAUCAUUUACUGCUGGAUCAUCACCUUGUGUCAUAUUCAUAUUGCUGUAGGAUUAACAAGUUUGGAAAAGAAAAAGACAGCACUUCUAAUUAUUUUUCGUCACCUCACACUUGAAUAACAAAUGACCAUAAACAAAGAUUCAAGCAAGCAAGUAAUUCUCUUUACCACCGAAAGAGAGAAAUAAAGAGCCGCAGCAUAGAAGGUUUGGACGCAAAACGGGCCCAUCUAAGCUUACCCAAUCACAUUCCAUUACCCAGUCCAGUCCCCAAAAGAAAAUCGGAAAAAAGAAAAAAAAUAUCGGGAAAGGAAAAUGGAACAAGAGUAAACACUACUACAACUUCGAAGCUUUCCUCCACCACAACCUUCAAUUUCUGAAACUCCCGCCGGCGGCGGUUCAAUUCUUCAGAGCGAAUCAUCAACAAUGUCGCCGGAGAGCUGCAACUCCCGCCACUUCUCAUGGCUGGUGAAAUCCUGCCUCCCAAAUCCCACCCACCACCACUCCCCUUCCAAAUCCUUCCACCACCCCAUCUCCGCCGCCGCAGCCACCACCACGCUCUCCUCACUCCCCGACGACCUCCUCCUCGACUGCCUCGCCCGCGUCCCUUCCGCUUCCCUCCCCGCCCUCUCCGCCGUCUGCCGCCGCUGGUCUCACCUCCUCGACUCCGCCUCCUUCCUCUCCCUCCGCCGCCUCCGCGGCCUUCUCCGCCCCACCCUCUUCGCCUUCUCCUCCUCCGAUUCCCCGACCCUCUUCGCCGCCUCCCUCCUCCUCCACCGCUCCCCCGCCGAUUGGAAUGUUGAAGCAUCUUCUCUCCCAUUCCAUUCAUUCUCCCCCGAAAUUUUCGCCCACGCCAGAUUGGCCGCUGUGGGGCCCACCAUUUACAUCCUCGCCCGGGCCCACACUUUAUGCUACCACAUCUGGACCGACACCGUUUCCUCCAUCUCCCCCAUGGUUUCCCCCCGGAAGAAAUUCGCCUCCGCCGUCGUAUCGGGGAAGAUCUACGUCGCCGGAGGCGGUGUGUCCACUCGGACGCCUGCCGUGGCUGCCGUCGAGGAGUACGAUCCGGUUAACGACGCGUGGCGCGUGGUUUCCCAAGCGCCACGGAGGAGGUACGGGUGCGUCGGCGCGGCGGUGGACGGGGUGUUCUACGUGAUCGGCGGGCUGAAGAUCGCCGGACCCGAGGCCGCCACGACGCGCGCUGGGGCGGAGGCGUGCGCGUACGCGAGCUCGAUGGACCUGUACGACGUGGAGACGCGAGCGUGGCUGCGGAGCCGGGCGGUGCCCGGCGGCGGGUGCGUGGUGGCGGCCUGCGCUGCUGGGGGGUUCGUGUACGUUCUGGCGAGCCACGCGGUGGAGCUGUCGUUCUGGCGGUUCGACGCGCGGAGGGGUGGCGGAGGCUGUGGGUUCGGGGAGUGGAGCAGGGUAAAAAGCCCGCCGGUGCCGCAGCAGAUGAGGCUGGUGGACGGGACGGUGAGGUUCGGCUGCGUGGCGGUGGAGGAGAAGGUGGUGAUGGUGCAGGUGAUUGGUUCGAUCGACGACUUGCUGCGGCGGAGCGGGAGGAGCGGGAGGGGGUUGAGGGAAGGGUUGGUGCUGGUCUACGAUCCGGCAGGGAAUGGCGGUGGUGGGGAGUGGAGCAGGGGGCCGGACUUGCCGGAGGUGAUACGACGCGCCGCCUGUGUGACGGUGGAAUGCUGAGCCUAUGUGCUUUUUUUUUUUUUUGGGGGUGUGUUGUCGUUUGCGUAGGAGACAAGAAUGAUGAUGAUGGAUGUAACGUGAGGGAGAGCGCGUGGAGUAUCGUGCGUGGAAAAAUGGAUGGACUCUGGCAUUGGAUUCGAUUAGGAGGCCUUUUCUUCACUUUUCCGCCAAUAGGAGAUGUUGAACGAAUAUUUUGGUUACAUGCAUGGCUUUGCUUUUGCAAAACGGCAUCCUAUUUUUUAAUUUUAUUAUAAGGGUUUGAAAAGGAAGGAUGAAAAAAAAAAAAAACGUGAAUUGAGAAGUAAAUAAUUGAUAUUACCAUUGCAGACAGAUAGGGGUGUGUUAUGGUUUGGUCAAUUUAUAUCGGGAUUAGCUAUAACUGGAAAGACUAUAAUGUAGUAUGAUUUUCGAUUGCAUGAAUUUUCGAUUAAAAAAAGAUUGAAUUGAUAUUUGAGUAGAAUAAAAUGUCAUGUUGAUG